AUGACUAAGUUUGACGUUAUUGUAGGAGGAAGGAUUUAUGUUGCGUCAAAGGAGGAGGUAUGGGCUGGAGCCACCGUCAUUUCUACCAAUGAGGAGGGAAUCGAGGCCAAACUAGACAGUGGGGGCACCUUAUUAGUUACUAAGCCCGAAGAUUACUGCAUUAGUGGUCCCGCGGAUGAGGAGGCGCCUGAUGAUCUUACCGCAUUCACCCAUUUGAAUGAUGCUGUUAUUUUGCAGAGUUUGCAUGAUAGGUUUAAAAAAGAUAUAAUCUACACUUUCACCGGAUCUAUUCUUAUUGCAGUUAACCCUUUUAAAACUCUUCCAAACGUGUUUAAUGAUGAGACACUCUUGGAUUUCAUGAAGGAGAACCGCAGUUACUCAGCUUGCCCUCAUGUAUACUCUACGGCCAUGUCCGCUUACCAGGGUUUGUGCGCCAGGGAUAAGAGUCAGACUAUAUUGAUUUCGGGAGAAUCGGGAGCUGGGAAGACUGAAUCAACCAAACAUGUUAUGAAAUUUUUAGCCUGCAUGGGUUCAAAUGAAAUUUCUAAGAGAUCAAAAGUGGAGCAACAGGCACUGGAAUCUAAUCCAUUACUAGAAGCUUUUGGAAACGCCUGUACAGUUCGUAAUUACAACUCAUCCCGAUUCGGGAAGUUUAUUGAGCUACAGUAUAUUAAAUUAUCUCCAAAGAUUGCGAGGCUUUGCGGUGCCAAAAUAUACACAUACUUACUCGAGAAAGUGCGCGUAUGCUCGCAACAAGAUGGGGAGCGUAAUUAUCACAUUUUUUAUCAGUGCUGUGCUGCUUCAUCCAUGUCCAAAGACGGAGUAUACCAUAUGCCAAUGACUGAUAAGUAUAAGGCAAGGGGCAUAACCCCGAUGGCCAUUGACAUGAGCAACUUUGAACCGAUUGAAACAUAUACGUAUCUCACUAAGUCUGGCAUAACUACAAUCCCUCAAAUCGACGACAUCGAGUGUUUCGAGGAUACUGUUACCGCUAUGUGUACAAUUGGUAUAACCAAGUCUGAAAUGGCGACAUAUUUCAACAUUGUGGCUGCAAUAUUAAACUUGGGUAACGUUCUGUUUGAGGUUAAUGAAAAGUGCUCCGAAGGUGCAGUAGUGAAUAGCGAAGCUGGAGAUUAUGUCUCUAAAGUAUGUGAUUUACUGGAAAUUGACGCGGGUAGUUUACUGAAUUGUCUGUUGAGCAGAACCAUCAAGACAGCACAUGAAACAUACACAAAGCCCUUAAGAGUUGACGAAGCCGUGGUUGUUAGGGAUACAAUAUCUAGGACGCUGUAUAGCGCCCUUUUUGAUGAAGUUGUAUCUCGGGCCAACAACGCUAUUGGUUACAGAAAGGAUUCAACGCUGAUUUGCGGCGUACUUGACAUAUUUGGCUUUGAGUGUUUCAAGAAAAAUUCCUUUGAGCAGCUGUGUAUAAAUUAUACCAACGAGACACUGCAGCAAUACUUCAACCAAUUCGUGUUCAAGUGUGAAGAGAAGCUAUACUCCAACGAGGGGAUAAGCUGGAAUGCGAUGGAUUUUCCAGACAACACAGAUUGCGUGGAGCUUUUUAGUGAAAAACGUACGGGUCUUUUCGCCAUGCUCGAUGAGGAAUGCAAGGUCCCGGGAGGUAACGAUAGGAGAUUGACCAGCAAACUGUGCCAAAAAUUUAAGGCACAUAGGCGUUUUGCAGUAGUGAAGAUCGACCCCGACUCCUUUGUCAUCAACCAUUUCGCAGGUCCUGUAACCUAUUCCUCAGUUGGAUUCAUCGAUAAGAAUAAAGAUAAGCUAAUGUCGGACAUGAUGACGUGUAUCAUGAACUCUAGGAACGAGAAAUUGAAGGCCAUUAUGAGCCCAAUAGUCGCUACGGAAAAGAAGGGAAAUGUCACAAUUUCCGGCCAGUUCAAGAAUCAGUUGGAUUCCUUAAUGGAAAUUAUCUCACAUACAGAACCUCAUUUUAUCAGAUGUAUAAGGCCAAAUGGCGAGAAUGUCCCAGAUAAGUUCGAAAGGCGCUCUGUAUCUGCCCAGCUGAUGUACUCUGGUAUGUUACAAGUGGUGAAAGUGUCUCGUGCAGGCUAUCCUGUACGUCUCAAGCACUCGGAAUUCAUCAUCAAUUACCGGUUGUUGGCUCCAGAACAAAUGAAACUGGCCCAUAAACAGUUCGGAGAUCCUACUAGCGAUGAAGUGUACAGGAAGUAUUCGGAGAUGCUCAUGAACAGCCUGGCCGAAACUUACCUCAAAGACCCUGGCUGGGGCAUAGGAAAAACGCUAGUGUUCAUGAAGAACCAUGUUUACGACACCCUUUCUAUUGUGCGUCAAAAACUCCUUUCCCAGUACUGUGUUGUCAUUCAAAAACAUAUGCGCGGUAUAUUAGCCAGGAAAGCGUAUAAGGAUGCCAAAGUCAAGCUUGUUACUCUGCAAAUAUGGAUCAGGUACAUGCUCAAACGCAUCAAACGUAUACGUAUCAAAAAACUCCAAUCCGCAACCCGCCUACAAACCUACUACAGAAUGUACAAGUGCAAGGUGGCAUAUGCGAAGAUCAUCCAACACAUCACCCGCAUCGAAUCGGUAUUCCGUCGCAAGAUGUGGCAUAUUAACGCGGAGAGGCAGAAAAUUUACAACAGCGCCUCCAAAAUUCAGGCCAACUAUAAGGGUCUUCUUCAGAAGCGCCUGUACACUGAUCUCAGGAAGGCGGCAAUCAAGGCCCAGCUUCUGUGGAAAGGUAAACUUGCAAGGCGUAGGCUCCGUGAGCUGCGCAUAGAGGCCAAGAGCGUAGGGAACCUAAUCCAACAGACUCAGCAGCUCGCCGAUUCACUCAAGGAGGAGAAGCUCAAAACGGCGGAUGCCGAGGCCCGUCUUUUGCAGCUAAACGCCAAGAUAGCCAAGCUGACGCAAGAAGUGGAGGCGUUGACGAAGGAGAACAAAGAGCUGAAGGAAAGGUGUGCCAAGAUCGCUGCCGCUCCUCCCAAGGUUCAGUACAUACCCCCAUCAAAGACGCAUUUCAACGUCGAUACUCCUCGAACCAAAUGGGUCAAAUCUACGCCAAGGAAUGACUCUGGAGAGGACAUCAAGGGCCGAAUUGGUAGCAGGCCAUAUGGCGACCUUGUGUUACUGGGUCCUCCAAAGUGCGGAAAGAGUGUACUAAUUGAAAAUCUACUCAAAGAGCUUGGUGAUGAUGAUAACCUGAAGCUAUUUCAAUCAUUAUCUACUAGUGCAAUACGUCCCGGCCGUACCGGAUCGUUGGUAUCACAGGCCUACGACAUUAUGAUAGAGGGUAAAAAACUACGUUUGGUCGAAAUGCCUUGGUUUUGCCAAAAUACGCCGCAAGGCCGCGAGAUUUUAUUGAAAAGUCAUUUAAUUUGCAUAGUAUUUGACCCUACUGUGCAAAACUCCAUGCAGGACGCGUUAAAGUGUUGUUCAAACGUACUCAAAACCACGGAAAGAUGCCUAAACAAAGUGAUACUGUUAGAGAGCUUGUGCGGCGUUGACAUGUUCCACCGUACCAACACGUGUGAUGUCUCUCCGGCCACUGAAUUCGCCGCCAAGAACCAAAUAGACUACCUUUCAAAGUCAGAUUUGCACCAAGUUAUCCUGGACUUGAUACCUUUUUUCGAGAAGUGCCAGAGGGUCAGAAAGUUCAACACGCAGUAUCCGGAGGACAAUAAUGUGUUUACCAAGAGUUCAAUCGCUACAUUCUACGACAAAUUGCGUUCUCUUUGGUCUGGGCCCAGCAAGUCUUCCGAGGACAGGUUCUUGCUUACAUCUCUCACAUUACCAGUUGGGGCCAAAACUCCAUGUUUGAACUUGCAGCAUAUCAUCAGGAUAUCCAACUACAAGAGCGCUGUUACCUGUAUGGCUUUUAGGCCGGAAAACCCGGAAGACCCUUUCGUGUUGCUGGCAGUGGCCCGAAGAGAUGGCAUGGUCAAUCUGUAUGAGUGCUAUCGUACAGCCACAGAGAGGCACAACCUGUUGCGUGCGGCAUGUGGCGUGGAUGUGGACGAUAAGAACGACCCCAAUGGUGGUCAAUAUCCAGACGCGUAUAUUGAUCCAAAGGACGAUCAGAUACAGAUCACUGAAUCAUUUAAGCUGUUGCAGCACACCAAAGCGGUUACUUGUAUGGUGUUCGCCCCGCUCAAUCCAAAUGAACUGGUCACCACGUCGGUUGACAGUUCUAUACGUGCAUGGAAUGUGCAGACGGGUACACUUAUUAGGGUAUUCAACGACUCUUCUCCCACAUUGGCCAUCUCUUUCUAUCCGCUAUUCCCCACGCAUUUUGUUUCAUCCAACGCCAACUCUGUAUUGCGUUUGGUGGCCUACAAUCAAGGUAUGGCUGUGCAGAAGAUCAAGACCAAGAGCGAGGUACGAUGUCUGGUGUUCGAUGACAUUGGACUCAAUUGUCUGGCUGGUUCUGAGCGAGGCUCAAUCUACGUCUACGAGGCCUCGGCCGACCCUAAGUUGACGAUGCUGAACACAAAAUACGUGGGAAGGGGCGCCAUUACCUGCAUUACUUUCAUUUCAUCAAAUGAAAAUAAUCAAUCGCCAUGUAUUCUGGUGAACUGCUGUAACAUGGCUAUCACGAUCAUGAAUUGCGUCUAUGAUCAGUUGAACUCCGCAAUAAUUGAUUUAGUGCAACGCCAUGUCAUCAGCAAUAACCAAGUGGCCUUGCCAAUUCGCUCGACCUACUCUCGCUUCGGCGGUGGAUGGUGUAUAUCUGGUUCUGAAGAUAGCAAUGUCUUGCUUUUUUCACUUUCAGAUGAUCACGUCCCUUUUUCCAUACGAUAUCACCAGGGUCAUAUUGUGGCAGUGGCUGUUAAUGCAUUGGAUACAAUUUUGGCCACUUCUGAUACUAAGGGUGUUAUUGUGCUAUGGCGAAGGGUAUGCAUUGCCAAUUGUUAA